AAGAUAAAGCUUUUUGCUGCCGGUGUGUGCCAACGAGGGAUAGAGAGCAGACGGGUUGCCCAGCGACACAGCGAAGAAAUGGCCUGGCUGCUGCUACUGGAGCCCCCGGCUUCUCUCUGACGCAGGCCUCUGGAGCCUUCACCACAUACAGGCACACAUUCUCAGGAUCUGAAGGAUCGCCCAGCCCACAGGCAGAAACACUCUUUCUCUGCCUCUCUAACACUCGCAGACAUACAUACGCACAUACUGGAUCAAUCGGAUGAGCCCUGCGAUGCUUGAGCGAUGGAGCUCUGCUUUCUCUUGGACUGGAACGGUUGCUCCUCUCUGCAGCUGCCACGAAGCUCUAGGCAGUGGAUAAACUCCCUAGUCUCACACACAUUGAGUUCAGGCAGCCAGCACCACCCUACUACUGCUCUAAUUAGAUUCCUUAGCCAGAGAAGCCAGCAGCACCAGGGAGCGGCACCCUGAUCGCCUGUGGAGAAGAACAUCUUCAAUCGAGAGACAAAGACUGGAGCCCAAAACUAAAAUCCACAGAUACCUUUGGUCCAAUAAUGGGAUAAGCCACAGGGGAAUAGUGGACUUAUGUGUUUAUGCAUGGGUCGGUUUUUAGGGUCUUGACUCAUCAUGCUCUCUGGCCUCUUUAUCGACGCAUGCAAGAUUGACGGUCUUCUCUCAAUGCAUUUGAUAUCAGUUGCCGUGGCAGCAGAGGCGAGACGCCCUGUGCUCCCUCCUCCUCUUGCUGCUUUUUAAUGUCUGGAGACUGAUCUAACCCUGCAAUCCACACACAAGGGACCAUGGGAUUUAAGGAGAUGCUGUGCCAUGAUUGGCCGUGAUUGAAUUGCUGAUGAGCUUUUGGGGGAUUUGCUGACUCAGCUUUUUUGCCUACCAACAGCUGAUUUUGAGACCUGCCAUGCUUUUCUAGUUCCAGCCCCGUGUUGGAGUACUAUCAGAGCUACUACAACCGCCACUACUACAGUUACAACUACUGUUAUUGUAACAGCACACAAAGUGGAGCUAUCAAUAAUGCAUUCUAGCAGAAUCACACUGGACAUGACGUAACAUUUGUUCCGGUUUGUGUUUACUUAAAAGCAUUGGGGAGCUGUUGACCACAAACUCCUAUUUUUUUGUCAAGCUUGCAGUGAUGUGUCCUAACUCAGACUUACCAACUAUGUGUAUGUGUGUAUGACCGUGUGUGUAUGUAUGUCUGCACUGCAGCCCUGUCCAUGCUCUGACUGAGGAAUAUCAGCAGGAGGUUGGGGGAGUGUGAGACAGCAGUCUUGUGCCAAAGUCUCUGCUCUUCAACAUGCAGCCUGUGGGCCAUCCUAAAAGGAAUCAAUUUGGUUUGAUUUCCUUAUAAAUUGGCUGUGCAACUUGUCUGCAUUGACGGUGGAAGAUAAAAAGGCAUGCUUGCUGGUAACGUGAAUAUUUCAUAAGGAGAGCAGCCUAUAUUCAGUGUGGGUGUCCUUGAAGCUUUGUAGGACCUCACAGUGACGUUGGCAAGUGAGUGAAGGGCUGACCACAGCAUCGCCUGUGCGUACAGAGGGAGCAACAGGAAAAACAGGAGCAGGUGUGUGCUGCAGAGAAAUCUUUGAUGGCUGCUGCUGUUGCAGUACGACAACAACUAAUAUUGGAAAUUUGAUUCACUCUGUGGGGGUAAUGAGAGCUCAGCCAGGUUGCAAACAUGACCACAGGCUAAAAAGGCACCAGAUGUGAAACAAAAGUUUCUUUGUCAGUUCUUCUUUGCUGACUGCUAUCAUUCUAACUUCUUUUAGAUAAUUUCACCUAUUUGUGUCCUCUGUUGGAAAUGGGGAGCUCCCUUGGUUGUGUAAAGCAGCCUAGGGAAGUGGGACCGGGUGGCAUCCCUCCCCUGUCACCCAAGAAGAAACUGCAUUUCAGAAGAAAGCGCAAAGCAAAAAUGGCACGGAAAGAUCUUGAGUCGGAGGCUGAGAAGGAGGAGGUGGUUAGAAAGGUUAGACUUAAAGAGGAGGCCAGAGCAAGUACCACAGAUGAUCCUUCAGCCAAACCAAGUAGUCAAACAGUUAGUGAAACUCCCACCCAGGUGGUCCUAGUUCCUGGUGCAGCCCCUAUAUUGGGCAGCACAGGUACUCUGCGUGGAAGCAGGAUGGCUAUCCUUUCUCCUGAUCCUAGUCCAGCAUGGUUGGGGGCAUUUCACCAUGCAUUGAGAGAGCAGGUUCAUGAAGAGCCACAGGCAGAGGCUGCCCAUUCCACACCAGGAGGAGGCAGAGUCUGUCGUGUACGAGAGAAAGUUCAGGGAAUUGUAGAGAGACCUUGUCUUUUAAGUUUCAAAAAGGAGGAACUUGAGGCAGAAGGGGAGGAUGAAGUUGGACAGAAUGAACUCUUGGUUGAUGACCCCAUGGAGAUGGAGCGAAAGGGUGUGGUUCACAUACGGGAAGCAGGUGGCAGACUCUGUGUGGUCCGUACUGUCUACCCAAAAGAUUAUGGGUCACCUGUGUGGCAUGACAGAGCAUUGGAGGUGCAUCCUGAGCCACUUGCCACAUCUCCCAUUUUUGGUGGCAUUCAGAAAGUACAAGUACACGAAGGAGAGAGACAAUCACCUCUUGGGAUAGGUGUCACCAAACCAGCAAUCUCUGUUGAUCCAGCAGUGAAAGAGUUCCUGUUAGACAGCCCUGCUCAGGGAGGAGAAGCUUCUGGGCCUCUGCAGGACCCCCACUCCUCAGGUUAUGCCAGUGAUGUGCCUCUCACCUCCCCAGAGACAGGGGGCACUGUUCCCAUGGACUGGGGAAGCUCCUCUGAUGUGCUGAACUCCUCAGUGCUAGAAAGUCCAAUCUCUCCACCAGAAAAAGAGUCACAACCAUUAUCCCAGAUCUCUGAGAUUUAUGUGAGUGGAGAGUCUGGGGACCUGACUGCUAAGGAGAAGCUACUGUUGUGGACACAGCAGGCCACUGAGGGCUACCACGGUCUGCGCUGUGUCAACUUCUCUUCCAGCUGGAGCGAUGGCCGCAUGUUCAAUGCCCUGCUGCACAGAUAUAGGCCAGAUCUUAUUGACAUGGAGGUGGUGGCACACCAGACUAACCGGGAAAAUCUGGAGCAAGCCUUUGAGAUUGCGGAAUCACUUGGGGUAACACGACUUCUGGACGCAGAAGAUGUGGACGUGCCAUCACCAGAUGAGAAAUCGGUCAUCACCUACGUGUCCUCAAUUUAUGAUGCCUUUCCCAAGAUUCCAGAGGGAGGAGAGGGCAUCAAACCACAUGAGGUUGACCAGCAGUGGGCAGAGUACCAGUCUCGUUUCUCCUCUUUGCUUCAGUGGACGAGGCAGCACACGGCCCUCAUGGCCAACAAGGGCUUCCCUCAGAAUCCUGUGGAGCUCAAGGCACUUUAUAAUGAGUAUAUCCACUUCAAAGAAACAGAGAUUCCUGCUAAGGAGUUGGAGAAAGGCCACAUCAAACACCUUUACAAGUUGCUGGAGGUAUGGAUAGAGUUUGGCCGAAUUAAGCUACCCCAGGGUCUGCACCCUAAUGACCUAGAGGAGGAGUGGGGUAAACUGAUCCUGGAGAUGUUAGAAAGAGAGAAAGCACUGCGACCUGCUGUGGAGAGGCUGGAGUUGCUCCUGCAGAAGGCUAAUAAGUUUCAGAAUAUGGCUGUGGACUGUGAAGAGAAGCUUACGCUGGCCAAGAACACACUGCAGGUGGACACGUCACACCUAGAGAGUGGUGAGCCUGCACAGUGCGAGCAGGAGCUGGGUGCGUACUUGCAGGACUGUGAGGCUCUCGUCCGCCAACUGCACCUGGACCUGCAGGUCCUCCGAGACGAGAAAUACUACCAAGUAGAGCAGCUGGCCUUCAGAGUGACACGUCUGCAGGAGGAGUUAGUCUCCCUGCGGCUGCAGUGCUCCAGUGUGUACAGGAAAGGCCACUUCUCGUCCGGGGGGCUGCUGGGAGAGCAGACGGCUCAGAGGGGCUCUGCAGGCAGCCUGCCAACACUUGGAGCCCAGACACUGCUGGGGGCUAUUGGUGCAGUGGCAACUCUGAUGAGACAGCCAAUGUCCCGUUCAGACCUGGUAGCCAUAUCGUCAUCAGAGGAUGAAGGAAGUUUACGGUUUAUCUACGAGCUUCUGGGAUGGGUGGAGGAGACGCAGGAACUGCUGGAGAGGGCUGAGUGGGGCUCAGACCUGCCUUCUGUAGAACAGCACUUGCAGGAUCACCAUACCAUCCACACUACAGUUGAGGAGUUGCUCCACAGCCUGAAAGAGGCCCGCAGUUAUGAGCCAAGGGUCUCUCCCAACUUCCGAAGCAGUUAUUCUGAAACCUUGGCCAAGCUGGAGAACCAAUACUGCAAACUGCUUGAGCAUUCGUCAUGGCGACUGCGUUGCCUGGAGAGCCUACGAGCCUUUGUGUCUCACUGCACUGAGGAGCUCAUCUGGCUGAAUGAAAAGGAAGAGGAAGAGCUAGCCUUCGACUGGAGUGAGAACACCACCAACAUGACUGCUAAGAGAGAGCAGUACACUGAAAUGAGGUCUGAGUUGGAGGAAAAACAGAAAGUGAUGCGGUCCUUGCAGGAAACAGCCGAUCAGCUGUGUCAGGAUAACCACCCAGCCAAACAAACCGUAGAGGCCUACAGUGCUGCUUUGCAGACACAGUGGCAGUGGGUCAGACAACUUUGUAUUUGUGUGGAGCAGCACCUCAAGGACAACACUGCCUACUUUCUGUUCAUGAGUGAUGCACGAGAGUGUGAGACAUACCUGCGGCAGCUUCAAGACACCAUUAAAAGGCAGUAUACGUGUGACAAAAACAGCAGACUAGGCAAACUGGAGGACCUGCUGCAAGACUCUAUGGAGGAGAAGGAGCAGCUGAUUGAGUACCGUAGUUCAGUGGCCAGCCUGGUAGGGCGGGCAAAGACAGUAGUCCAGCUCCGCCCACGUAGCGCUGACUGCAUUCUAGGUACCACCACGCCCAUUCGUGCCAUUUGUGACUACAGACAAAUAGAGGCCAACUCUCAGAUCACAGUUAGUAAAGGAGAAGAGUGUGUGUUGGAAGAUAACUCUCAGAGGACGAAAUGGAAGAUCAUCAGUCCCACAGGAAAUGAGGCUAUGGUACCUUCAGUGUGCUUCACCGUUCCACCCCCUAACAAGGAGGCCAUUGACACUGCAAACAGAAUGGAGCAGCUGUAUCAGAACGUAAUGUCAUUGUGGCAUCAGUUGCAUAUGAACAUGAAGAGUGUUGUAACUUGGCACUAUCUGCAGAAGGACAUCAACAACAUCUUGUCUUGGACCCUGGAUACAGUGCGCUCCCAGUCUCUGUCUGAAAGGCAGCAGGCCCUGGAGCACCUGAACACCCACUUGACUGACUUCCUGGCAGACAGUCAUGAGAGCACCCUCUUCACACCAUCCGAAAGACGAGAGCUCGAAAAAGAGGUAGCGAACUGCGGCCAGCACUGCCAAGCUCUGCUGAUCUCCAUGGAGACAGUGGAAAAGGAUGAAUCGAUAUCUCGCUCAUACCUCUCAGAGCUGCAGAGCAUUAAGUCUCACCUGCAGGAAGCAGAGCAGAGGCUGAUGAAGGGCUUGCAGGCUUCACCCCCCAGUGGCCUGUCAGGAGGUGGUGCAGACACUGCCAUUCAUAUAGCAGAACAAGAGAAACUGCAACAGGAUCUAAAAGGUCUGCAGUCAGAUCUAGGCAACGUGUCCCGUCGAUGCGUUAGCUUCUUUGAAGAGAAACCCACCUCUUCCAGUGUGCCUGUUCUUCGCUCUGAGCUCAAUCUGGCUGUGGAGAAAAUAGAGAGACUCAACUCAUUGUCCUCUGUCUAUCUGCAGAAGUUAAAAACGGUAGACGUGUUGAUGAGAAGCUUACAAGUGGCUGAGUCUCAGGUGAAGAAGUAUGAGGGUCGGCUAAGCGAGGAGGACAUUGUUCCUGCUGACACCACUGCCAUCCAGGCCUUGAGAGAACAGCUCAAUAAAUGGCAUUUAGAGCUUGAAAAGCAGGAUCACAUCUUCCAGUCUUUGAGUUUGGAGAUGCAGCAGGCACGGGAGGCAGGCACCCAGCUCAGCCAGCUGCAUUCUGAUCGUAGCCCCGAGAUGGACCGCUACCAAGAGAAAGCCCACCAGCUUACAGAGAGGUGGAAUGGAGUGCGCAGACAAAUGGAAACACGGCUAUCUGAUCUGGAGAUGCUAGGAUCAGUGCUGCAGCAAUACAGAGCGGGUCAUUCUGCCCUGAUCCAUUGGAUUGAAGAGACCACCGCAAAACAGGAAAAUACCCAACCUGAGCAGACAGACAGCAAAGCACUGUCUGAGCAGCUCACCCAACAAACGGCUUUGGUGGCUGAGAUUGAACAGAACCAAGUCAAACUGGAUGAAUGCCAGAACCACUCUAAACACUACUGCACUGCUGUCAAAGACUACGAACUGCAGCUCAUGACCUUUAGAGCUUUUGUGGAAUCAACUCAGAAGUCUCCUGUGAAACGACGUAGGAUGCAUUCUUCAUCUGAUGCCAUAACACAAGAAUUCAUGGAUCUGCGCACACGUUACACAGCUCUGGUGACUUUGACUACUCAGCAUGUCAAGUAUAUCAGUGAUGCACUACGGAGACUUGAAGAAGAAGAGAAACAAGUUGAGGAGGAGAGACAGGCCCGGGUGGGAGAAGUUUCUGAGCUUCUAAGCUGGGUUAAAGGUCUCCAGGAGAGACCAGCUGAGUCAUCACUUGCUGCACAGCAGGCAGUAAAUGAGCAGUUAGCUUCUAAAAAAGAAGGAAUCACAGAAGCUAUCAGGAGCACAGAAGUCUUCUUGCUAUCAAAACAGGCCAGCAAAUUGUCUGCUGAAGAGCGUGCCCAAGUGACAUCACAGCUGGAUGACCUGACUGCUACCUACAAACAACUAUGUGACAGUUCUGCUGCUCAGUUACAACAGUUAGAGGAACAACUGGCUAAAGAGGAAAAACGAAAGGACCACAAGACCGUUGCUGGAGUAAUUGAUCUUGAAACUAUGGAGACCUUUCCAGUUUUCCAGUCAGCACGUCGUGGCCUUAUAGACCAGGACACAUGCCGUGUGCUGUUGGAGUCGCAGCUGGUCAUGGGUGGACUAUUACAACCUGACUCCCCUCAGAGCCUCUCAUUAGAAGAGAGUCUUGCCACUGGGCUAAUAGACAACUGUACCUAUCAGUCACUAUUAGAGCUAGAGACUGCCCUUCAUCUUGUCCAGCAGUUCCAAAUUACAAAGAGUCAGUUUAUACCAGUUGCUGCUGCUGUGGAGAUGGGUCACAUAAAAGAGCAAAUUGCACUUCGAAUUCUGGAGCUGCAGUUGAGCUUAGGAGGACUCCUGGAUGUUUCAAGUAAUGAAAUUCUCAGUCUUGAAAAUGCUAUGACGAAGGGCUUUCUCUCAGUUGCUGUUUACAAUAAGUUACAUUCCCGCCUUGAUCGCCGGGAGCUCAUUGAUCCAAAUACAGCAGAAAAGCUAAAUCUGUCAGAGUUCCAUCAACGAUGUGUUUUGAAUCAGGAGACGGGAUUGCGUCUGCUGCCAGUCAAUCAGCAGUCAAGGGGAACGGUCUGUUUACGAUCAGGCCGAAAGGUAAGCGUUUUCCGUGCGGUCCAAGAGGGACUCAUUGACCAGCAAGUCACUAUCCGACUUCUGGAGGCUCAGCUGUUUGCAGGAGGCAUCACUGAUCCUCGCUCAGGGCAUCGGCUAACAGUAGAUGAAGCUGUGCGACUUGGCCUUAUGGAUCAGGACCUGGCCUGUGCCUUAUUGACUCGCCAGUUACAGACAGGAGGGAUAAUAGACCCAGCCAGUGGAGAGCGCCUGGAAUUAAAUGAAGCUAUUCAAAGGGACCUUUUAUCUUCACGGAUGGCCCUACGGGUGCUGGAGUCUCAGUGGAGUUUUAUGGGCAUGAUCUGGCCAGAGUCAGGGGAACUACUUUCAAUCUCUGAUGCUUUGCAGCAAGGUGUUGUUUCAGGGGAGCUUGCCUGGAAAUUUCUAAGCAAACGUCAUUUUGUUGGUGCACUUUACUGUCCAGAAAGCGGUCGAGUGGUUCCUCUGGCCUGUGCUGAGAAGAUACUGGGAACAGAAGUCGUGGAGGUCCUUGAAAAGACAAGGGUUCCAGAUGCUCUGCCUGCCAUGAUUUCGUCAGGUUCUUUAAAUGUUAGUCGCUGGGGCUCUUCUUCAUCACCAUUACUUUCUUCACCUGCGUUCUCACCCCCACACCUUCAUGAUGACACUUCCUUUUCAGAGGGAGCAGGAUCAGAGGAGCAGGUCAAAUAUCGCCUCCUCUGUUACCUGAUGACGCACAGCUACAUUAAUGCCGGUUCAGGAGAGCGUCUAGUCCUGUUGGAGCCUGAACUGAUAGAGCUUAUUUGUCAACCAACAAAAGACCAGAGCAGACCUGAACCCCACUUGGGAGAGCCCUCAGACAGAGAGAAGCCUGAUUUUAGUAUGCCGUUCAGUGAACCAGAGCAAAGAAACAUUGAAAAUCUCACAGAGGCACAAAAAAGAAAUGUUACUGAUAAUGCUGUUUGUGAAACUAAAAAAGUAAAAAGUCCCCUAGAAGAAGAUGCAGCUUAUGAAGAAAAAAGCAGCUUAGUAAAGAACUCAGAUAAUGCCUUAGAAUUAGCAGAGACUGUACCUGAAGUCCAAACACUACCUUCAUUUAUAAAGCAGGUGAGCAUUUUACCAACAAAUUCUGUCUUGGACUUGUUUACUAAAGAGGUUAAAGAAAUAAAGAGGGAAGAAACAGUAUUGGGCCUAACUGACCCAAGGCCUCUCAGCAUUGAGAUGCCUAAAUUAAAUCAGUGCUUGCUUGACGAAAAAGAAGAAGCCGCACCAUCUAAGAAUAAACGAUUAGGCACAAGGACAGAAAACACUGCUGCUGAUAUUUCAUUUGAAGAUGCUGCAGAGGAAAGCCAGGAUGGUCAGGUGGACCAGAAUGACAGAUUAGACAAGAUUAACCUACUGAGUAUUGCCAGAGAAGGUGUACAAGUCAAGAAAAUUGAAGUCACAGAUAUCUCAGAUCAAAUGGACACAUACAGAAAUACAGAAACAACAGACUCUUCAAAAAUUCCAAAGAUGUUAUCCAUGGAACAAAUUGAUGAAGAUGCAGAGCUUGAGGACAAGGCAAAGCAGUUAUUGCAAGGUGGUCUUUUAACUGAUGGAGCCCAGAAGUUGCUUCUGGAUAAGGCUGUAUCCCAGGGUGUGCUUCUAGGUCACACUGCUGUCAAAGUUAUGUCAAAGGCAGGACUGUUUGGUGGUUUCCUGGAUGUGAGUGCUUGUAAGUCACUUAGCGUUGAGGAUGUAAUGCAAGAAGGCUUACUAGAUGAAGACUUACUGAAAAGUGUUCUUCAGUCAGAAAAGACUUUGGCUGGUGUGAUUGAUGUGGAACAUAAUCAGAUAUGCUCAUUGAAGGAUGCUGCUCAGACAGGACUUUUGGACCCAGACACAGUAGCUAGGCUCCUUGAGGCUCAGGUUGUUUCUGGGGGAAUUGUUGACCUUCGUAGGGGCAAGAAAGUUUCAGUUACCCUUGCAGCAAAUUUUGGUCUAAUAGAAGAGGCCCAAAAGGAAGAUCUGCUUGCAAUGGAAAAGUCAUGCCAUGGAAAAAGUUCUAAUCCAUAUACAUCACAUACAAAAUUAACACUACAGCUACAGAUGGAUGGUGUGGUAGAUCCCAAAACAAAACAGCCUCUGUCUCUUCAACAAGCCAUUCAAAAAGGCAUCAUUGGUCACAAAGAAGCCCAGCAGAUCCUAAUGCAGCAGGUGGCUGAAGGUGGAAUUGUGCAUCAUGGCUCUGGCGUUCGUCUCUCUGUUGCUGAUUCAGUACAACAAGGCCUUAUUGACAAAUCAUUUGUGCAAAAACUGGAAGACUUUGAGAAGUCUUGUCAGAGGCAGGAACAAUUCGGUUCAGAUCCAAACAGUAUUUCUGUCCAAGCAUCUGUAGGCUUUAUUUGUGAUUCUGUUUCAAAAAGCAGACUUGCAUUGACUGAAGCUGUUUCACGUGGUUUCAUUGAUGAAGACACUGCAAACAAAGCUAUGGCCUCUCCCAAUGUAAUAAGUGGCCUUUUGGACCCUCACAGUGCUUGUAUUGUACCUUACUCAGAGCUUAUUAACCAGGGGAAGAUUGACAUUGAGACAGGGCGGCGAUUCCUUGAAGUAAGGCCCUUCAGAGGUGUUCCACAAAAACAAAAUGGUGGCAUGAUGACUUUGCCAGAAGCAGUGAAGACUGGUCAAGUUGAUCCUGUUCCAGCACUCAGAGUAUUGCAAAGCCAGGCAGAUUCUGGGGGAAUAAUCAAUAUUUCAGAUGGCAAGAGGCUCACCAUUCCAGAAGCUGUUGAGAAAGGUCUUGUUGAAAAAGAUAUUGCCAGGGUUAUUGCUACAAACCAGAUAGUGAAAGGUGGAUUGAUUAACCCUAGCAGUGGUCAUAGGGUGUCAGAUCUUAAGGAGGCUGUGCAGGAAGGGCUCAUCUCUAGAGAAAUGGCUGCAGAACUUCAGGAUAAUUUUGACCCUGUGGAUGAACCAAGUUAUAAGGAGGAAGGCACUGCGACAGUGGUUCCCUCAACAAGUGGAAUGUAUAGUCCUCUUGUGUCGAAUCAAGUCAGCCAUUCUAACAGCCAACAUGAAAGCACAGAAGUGAGUGCAGCACAUCUUUCAGAAUCAGAAAAGACUGACUGUAUGAUUACAGAGGUUCUGGAGGCACCUCAGCCUGAGAAAACACAGCUUCUUCAGCACUAUGCACCAUAUGAAAUGGAGGAACAAACGCAUAAGGUUAUUUCAUCUACUGAUUUAGAGAUAAACACUGAUGCAUCAUUGGAAGUGCUGACUCAUUUUGCCCUAAAAACAGAAAAAAGGUUGCAGCAGGCCAUUAAAGACUUUGACCCUGACAUAUAUAAAGAACUGCAGCAUCAGCCAAGUGAAGUUCAGAUUCCACAGUUGUCUGAGACAGAAUUUGAAAAUGGGAAGAAAUAUGACACCACACCCACGCCUGACCAUCCCCCAGAGUCAGACAGCCAAAUGCAGCCAGAAGUUGAACUAGCACCUACUAAAACAUACACAAAGCUGGAAAACUAUGAGAAGAGUGGCUACAGUAUUGCCCCAGACACCACGCAUACAAUACACGAUGGACAAACUCCAUCCUCAGAGGAAACAAAUGGACAAUUUUCUAAGGCUGCAGAACAACAGUCUUCUUCAUAUGCAAAUGCAGUUUGUGAAAGCAAACAGAAUGUUGAAAAUGGAAAGGGCGUAGCGGGGCAGAAGAUACAAGUGAAAAAAAGUGGAAAAGGGAAAUAUAUGAAGCAAGCCAGAAUAGGUACAAAAAGAGAUGAAAGUUUGGAUUCUAAGUCUCUGGAUGAGAAUGCGGCAUUGCCUUCAGAGGGUACAGAGAUUAACAGAAACCUUUUGGACACUCAUGAAGAAUCUGUUAAAGAAGGUGCAAAUCUACAGAAAGAGGAAAUGACAGGGUUGGAAGAUGGAAACAGUACAACAGUGAAUUUAUCACAUGUAGUGGAUGUGGAGAAUAAAAUAUUAAAAGAUGUUCCAGAUAUUGGUCAUGAAGAGGUUCAAGUAAAUCUGGAGGUUAGAGAAUUGAGUGUUGUAACUCCUUCAGAGGACACAGAGAACAAGAGCAUAAGAGCAAUGGCAGGAUUUGAUCCAAAAACUGUGGAAGACAUCAAAGAGAAAAAGGUUGAAGUACAGUUGGAGAGCCUGACAACUCAAGACAUGAGUGUAGCCUCAUUUGUGAAGGACACUGAGAGCAAGACUGGAAAUUAUGUUCUUGGCAUUGAUAAAAAAUCAGCUGAUGGAAAGAAUGAUGUUAAAGAAUAUCUGGAGGUUCAACGGCCUCUAGAUUUGAGUGUGACUUCAACAAUAGAGAGCACUGAGAAUAAGUCUGGAAAAGAAGCUGUUGUCAUUGACCAAAAAACUGAAGAAUAUGGGAAAUUAGAGCAAGAGGACAAAUUACGUUUGAAUGCUCUGCAGCAUCCAGAUAUUAAUGUAGUUCCACCAGUAGAGGGCACUGACAAUAGGAUGAGAACAAAAAUAGGAGUUGUUGAUCAAGAAUCUAUUGAUGUCAAAGUAGAUUUGGUUACUCUACAGCCUCUGGGUUUGAGCAUGACUUCUCUUGUAGAGGACAUUAAAUACAAGUCUGGAAAUGAAGCUUUUGAUCAGGAAUCUGAAGUGAAAUUAGAGAAAAAUGACAAAUUAGAUUCUCAGGUUAUACUGAAUCCAGGUAUGAGUAUAGUCCCACUUGUAGAGGGCACUGGGAAGACUGGAAAGAAAAUUGAAGUAACUGAUGAAAUACCUGUUGAAGAUGUGAGAGAGAGAGAGGCCAAAGUAGAUCUAGGGGUUCAGCAGUCUCCAGACUGGAGCAAGACUUCGCUUGUAGUGGGCAUUGGCAGCAAGUCUGAAAAAGAAACUGUUGAUCAGGAAUCUGAUGUAAAAUUUGAGAAAAAGGACAAUUCUGAUUUGGAGGUUCUACUGGUUCCGACCAUGAGUAUAGUUUCAUCUGUAGAGGGCACUGAGAAGACAGGGAAAAAAGUUGUAGUCACUGAUGAAAAAUAUACUGAAGAUUUGAAAGUAGAGAUAGAGGCUGAAGUACAAUUAGAGAGUAGACCAGAUCAAACAGAUGCUUUGUCUGUUAUGGGAGAAGAGUAUGAAACUGGUAAAUGUGUUUUAGACAGUGAACAGAAAUCUAUUGAAAGAAAUGAGAAAAUGGAGAAAUUAGUCAAAGUAAAGUUGACAGGAGCGCCUGAAAUAAGUUAUAGCACUGCUUUCCCUGGGGGUCUGCAGCAGAGUGAUGUCGUGGAGGAGGUAGUUGUGAGUAUCCAGAAGCAACCAGCUGAAGAUGAAAAAAUGAGUCUUGGAGCAGAGAUGGCAAAGGAAGAACCUGCAAGUCUGCAGGAUGAUUACAACUCAGAUCACAAAUUACACAGCCAAAUGCAACACCAAGACAAUGAGACAAACCCAGAGUAUGAUAAAGAAGUGGAUGCUUCUGAAGUUCAUGUUCCAGAGCAAACCGAUAAGAAGCGUAAGAAAAAGAAGCGUAAAAUGCCCAAAGAAAUGUUGCCGUCAAUGGCAAAUGCUGAAAAGGAAGCGGAGGAAGACACUGAUGUCGUCACAAGUCAAAGUGAGAAACUAGAUGUAGUAGAAACAGAACGGAUGGAACAGCCUCAAAAACCUCACCAAGUGCAGCUGGAGAAAGAGACACUUCUGAUGAAAGCCAAACAAAGCAUUCUUAAAAAAGUCUUUGAGCGGGGAGUCACUGAGAAACAGGCUGCUAAAGAAUUAGAAGCAUUGCGUCAAGGGUCUGGUAAAGAAGGUCAUGUGGCCAUUCACCAGAAACCCAACACAGAGCAGGAUAGUUCAACAAGGGAAAAGGAUGAAACACAUCAGAAAAUGCAAGUAAAUACAAAUGAACAGUUAGUGGCAGGAGAUGUAGCUGGGACUAAUUCUAAACAAAAUUAUUACAGUCAAAGAGCCCCUGACAUCUCCCAUCUGAGAUCUUCUGUAUCUGUGACUCAGCCUGCAUCAGACUUGUGCAAAAAGCAAGACCUAAGCACGAAAGAAACCUCUCAUGUUGUUGCUAUGGACACAAGUAAGCAAAGGCUAACUCACAGUGACUUAGAUGAGAAAGUUGGAGAGAGAACAACAGAACAGGUUGAACAUGAGUCACUUUGGAGAAGAAGUAGUAAGAUAGCAAUAAAAACAUCUCAAGUAAGUGAGCAACUAUGGCCUGCUCUUGAUGAGGGCUAUGAAAAUAGUGAAAAUGAUUUCACAGAAUCUCUGCCUACAGUCACAUUUGCUAGGGAACCUGCCACUGUACUACGAAUUGAAUUUACCAAGAAUGAAGCUGAAAAGCCGGGAUUAACAACACUGGAAGUCAAUGAGCAGUCAUAUACCACGCUUUCUGAGGGCAAGUCUUUGCCUCCCAUCAAAUUAGAUAAGGAUUCUGCUUCUUUACCACAGUGUGACGUUGAUGUACAAACCUCUAAAACAGAACCAAACUCAAGCAGCACUGAGCUUCUGCAAGACAUAGUUAAGGAUUACGGUCAUGUGGACAGUGAGGCUAAAGAUGAAGCUUUCCUACAAGAGUCCAGACAGUCAGGGCUGUCGCAGUCAGAAGACAUCCCAGAGUCAGAUGUAACCGAGCAAGAAAAAGAGGAAGAAGAAGCAUAUGAAGGUGUAGAUAAUGAACAGGUUGAUGAACCUAAGAAAAAACAGGGGGCCACCCCACAGAUAAGCAAGUCCUCUUUGGCCCGCCAAGAGUGCCUAGAGCAUGACCAGAGAAUUCUGGCUCUCCUCUCUAUGGUGAGACACACUGAGGUAUGUCUUAAACAGCAGCAGCAACAGUCUAUAGGCCGGAGUCUUCUCGCACUUGAUGACAUCAUCAAACAAACAGAGACUCUAGCUCUGGAGCUUUGUGAUUUGGAGCCACAAGUAAACAAGGAGCUUGAAGCAUCUAGACAGCUUCUGGGGUCCCACCUUGAAGACGUCCCACCUCAGUUACUCAUGGCCCUGGAAAAGGAUGGCCGCAGUUUGUCUCGUGCAUUUGAUGCUGCACGAGAACUUUCUCAGAGUGUUCAGCAGGGAAUGAAAUCACACCGUGAUGCACGUAAGAUGGCUGUGAAUAACGAACUGCAAUCUUUGGGUGGCCAAGUGGACAAUCUUCUUGUCUGGCUUAAGCAGACUGAAGCUCAGAUGGAACAACAUACAAGGGAAGAAAAGAUGAUAGAGAACGAGAGUAGGACAUUAGUGCACCUUGCUCAAAGACUGCAGCAGUGCAAGGAGUUAGAAGAGCAUCUCGCAGCACGCUCCAGUGAUGUGAGCACUGUGGCAUUUGACAUCCAGGUGUUUAUCUCAGAGUGUGCACAGGAUCUGGAACCAGAGCAGAGCAGACAUCUUUUGAGGCAGCUGCAGCAGCUGCAGAGGGCCUUUCAUCAGGCCACAGGCCGCGCUCAUGCCAGGGCCGAGGCCCUUUCAGUGCAGCAAGCCAGAGAGGAGGAGCGUGAACAGAAAGAGAAAGAACAGGAGGAAAGAGAGAGGGAGAAAGAGAAACAGACUGCAAUGAAGAAAGAGGUGGUACAGCGGCAGAAGGAAGAGUGCUCGCAGAAACUUGAAGGCCUUACCAUGUGGCUGGCUGGUGCAGCUGGUCUGUUGGCCAGUCAAAGAACAGGAGCCGAUUCGGGUGAUGUGGGCAUGCUACAGAAGAAACAGAGUGAGCUUAAGGAGGUGCAGAAGGAUCUUCAAGCCAAAGGUGAUGUAGUGAUUGAGACAAUACGGUCAGUAGAAGAUGUCCUGGCUGAACAUGGUGAUGAUCUGAGCCAAGAAGAGCGGGCCAACUUGCAGAGGACGCUGUCACUCUUAAAAGAACAAUACAGCACCCUCACAGAAACAGCCCAGUCCUCACUGGCACAACUGGAUACAGCCAUCAGCACAACACUCCAGCAAAACACACAGAAGGCUAAAGCAGAAGAGGAGCUACAGGAGACUCAGGGAAAAAUAGACAUGCUGUUUGAAGAGUUGUCAUCAUCUGACGUGUCCAAGAGGAAGGCUCUUGGGGAAACUGUUCCAGAUAGUCCCUUUGACAUCUCACCAGAGGGUGCUGUGAAUUUGCACAGUGAUAGGCUGAAGGCUGAGCUGCAGCAUUUACAAGCCCAGCAGGCUCACCUCCUACAAGUGGCCCAGUCCACACGCUCUUUGCUGGAACAGCCUGACUCCAGUGUGCCCCCAGAAGAGAAGCAGCGUCUGCGUGUCAGGCUAGACCAGCUGCAGAGCCAGCACCAGGAGCACCUCCAGAGUUGCCAGGAAAAAUUGAGGCGGACAGAAUCCCUCCGAGAUGACCUCACCAAGUUCCUCCAAGAGCAUGGGACACUAGGGACAUGGCUGGAGCAGAGUGAACGGGGGCUCUGUUCCAUCGGACAAGGAGAAGCUGAUGCGCAGGCUCUGAGAGACAGACUAGAAGAGCACAAAAAGCUGGCAGAAGAUGUGAUCUGCCACAAGGCAGACUUGCGCUUCGUGUCCAUCUCUGGUCAGAAGGUGCUGGACUCUGUUCAAGGGGCUCUAGAGAGGAUGGGUGGCACUGACCCUGCUCUGGAGGACAUAAGGCAACUGGUGAAUGACAAGCUACAAGAUGCCUCACAUCGCUACAGUUCACUACAAAACAAGUCUGUAAAUCUUGGUACCCAUCUCUCCACUCUACUGGAUCAGUACCAACAGUACCAGGAUGAAGCUAGUGCUCUGGACUCAUGGUUGAAUGCUCAGGAGCAAAACCAGAGCAUAUUUAAACCCAGUGGAGAGAAGACCGAUACACAGGCACUACAGAAUACACUGAAUGCUGUAAAGCAUCUACAGGAUGAGCUGGCGGAGCGCUCAAUGCAGCUAGAGAAAGUGAAGAAAGCAGGGAAAGUGCUCACCAGUACCCAUGAGUUUCCCACUCUCAAAGCAACAGACAUCACCACUACCACAGAUGCACUUGAGAGUCGGCUUGGAGCUCUGUUAGAGCGUGUCUCUCAGCGGGCAGAGCAACUCCAGACUGCUGUUGCUCAGUCUGUCAGCGUUCAAGAGGGGCUCAAAGCUUUGCUGGCCUGGCUGGAUGGCCUAGCAUUAACUCCUGGGCCAGUACAGCCUACUGCCCAAGCAGUGCAGGAUGCCCUCACCCAAAAUCAGAAACUGCGGCAGGAGUUGUUAUCACGACAAGGCAGUGUGGAGGCUACUCGUGACUCUGUGUCCAAACUCUUGAAAUCGGCGGACGCAUCAACAGUGUCUGGACUGCAGGGGGCACUGCAAGACCUUAUACAGCACUACACAACAGCCCAGACCAAGCAGGCCGAGAAUGAGGCAGAACUGCGGGGAGUUCUACCCAAGCUGGAGAGCUUUGAUCGUUUGAGCAUGGACCUCCAUAGCUUCAUGCAGAGCCGAGAGAGAGCGCUGAGUCUAGGGGGCCAGCCAGACCGUAGCAUAGAGGACUACAGACACACUGUGGAGGAGGUGAAAUCAGAACUUUCACAAGAAGCAAGUCAGCUGAAGUCAUUUGUGGAGCUUGGUACAGACUUGAGCCAGUCUAGGAUACUUGCCAGUGCACACGGCCUUCUGGACUCAACCAAAGAGGUGUCUGAGGAAUUUUCCAAACUAGAAGGCAGUGUCAAUGAGAAGUUGAAUGCCAUCCAGAGCUGUGAGCAGCAACUCUCCCAGUUCCGCUCACUGUCUGGCUCCCUCCUCAGGUGGCUGCAGACAGUGCAGGAGCAGCUGCCUGCUAAAGAGCCAAGUCUGAACACUGAUGGCCUUCAGAGAAGGGUGCAGCAGCUCAAGGACCUGCUGAGUGAAUGGGAAUCCCAGGGCAGCCGGGUUCAGGAAUUGAACAAGAGCAGUUCAGAACUAGAGAGUCUGAUCAUCGAUAUCACAGCUUCACGCAACAAUACUGGUGUUUCCCAACUCAAUGGUGCCGGCAGCUCCAGCAGUAUCAAUGGCAUUCACACCUGCAAAGACCUGACUGAGAUCCAGGUAGCGAUGUCAGAAGUGAACAGCAGAUAUGAGCAGCUGGGUGGGAAUCUGCAGGAGAAGCAGAGUAGGCAACAGGUGUCUCUGGAAAUGUGUCUGAAGGCCAAGCAGGACACUGAGACUCUUCUGCAGUGGUUGGGCCCUCGUGAGCAGAGUCUGACCCGGGGACAGAUUGCCUCACCCUCACGGCCCGAGGUGGUGCAGGCCCAGGCCCGGGAGAACAAGGCCUUGCUAUCUGAACUCUCAGAGCAUUCUGGGAAGGUGGAGGAUCUAAAGAACACCCUGAAGCAGCUGAUAACAGAAAACCCAGAUUCCCCAGAAGCAGAGACCUGGAAACAGCAGCUCAAAGACAUAGACUGUCGGUGGGAGAAAGCAAAUAAGACUGCAGCUCAGAGGCAGACUGAAUUGGAGACAUGUGCUGACAGGCUGGGCAGCUUUGCAUCAGCAGCGAGUCAACUAGGUCCCUGGCUACGAGAGAAGGAGCUGAUGAUGAGUGUGCUUGGUCCCUUGAGCAUUGACCCAAACAUGCUCAACACUCAGAAACAACAAGUGCAGUUCAUGCUACGUGAGUUUGAGACACGGCGCCCACAGUUUGACCAGCUGACCCAGGCUGCUGAGGGCAUCCUCUCUCCUACAGGGGAACAGGGAUCCGGGGAUGGUCAUGACCUAGUGGAGGUGCAGCAGGAGCUGGCUGACAUUACCCGGCAGUGGGAUGAUCUGACUUCUCGGCUCUCUGAACGCUCAGAGCAGAUCGACCAGGCACAAGGGACCAGUGAGCGCUUCCAGACUCUGCUGAGGGAACUCUCCAUGAGUGCAGCUGAUCUGGCUGAAAGACUUGAUGCCCAGGCCUCCUUAAGUGCCCAGCCUGAGGCCCUGCGCCGCAGGCUGCAGGAGACAGGGGAGAUCCGAGCAGAGUUGGAGCAGAGGAAAGGCCAGCUGGCCAAGGCUGAGGAGCUGUGUGCAGAGCUAAGUGCCAUUGUAGCAGAGCCUUACCUCAGAGAGGAGCUACACAAGAGACUUGAGAGUGUCAGUGGCCCACUCAGCAGCCUGGAAGAAAGAGCAGCGGAUGGCUUGUCCCAACUACAGUCUGCUCUCUCAAGCACGCAACAGUUCCAGCAGAUGUUUGAGGAGCUUCGUAGCUGGUUGGAUGGGCAGGCUGGUGAGCACACGGGUAGUGUAUCCGAUCCUCUUCCCUGCCAGCCAGAAGCUCUGCAGACCCUGCUGACCCAGCAAGAGGAGCUCCUGAGAGGGGUGGCACAACAGCGUGGUUCAUAUGAGCUCAUCCAGGCUGAAGGUGCAUCUCUCCUGGCAUCACUGCCCACUGGAAAUGAGCGCUCAGCCCUUCAAGCCCAACUGGCUACCCUUCGGCAGGACUGGGAGGGCCUGAAUCAGUGCCUUAGUGAGAAGCAGGUACGUGUUAAAGAGACGCUGUCCCGCGCUGAACAGUACAAGCAACAUCGGGACGACCUGGCUCCCUGGGUGACUGAGUGUGAGAAGAGAGAGACAGAGAUUCUGCCCUCUCUGGAUGCUGCAGCCCUGGAUGAUGCCUUGCAGAAGGCCAAGCAGCUAGGCUUGGACUUGGAUCGCCGUCGUCCCCUGCUGGAGGCUCUGAAUUUAGCAGCAGACCAGUUGCUGGAGCAGAGCAGAACUGGUGAGGAGGAGGUGAGGGAUGAGAAAGCCCAGUUGAACCGCAGACUGGAUAGCCUCUCGGAGAAAUUACACGGGCGCACUACACAACUGGAGGAGUUGGGUAACAGACUAAGGGAAUUUGAAGAAGGCAGGCAGGCAGUAGAGAGGAGGCUAGAGGCAGCCAAGCAUCAGCUGGAGGUCCAGGAAGCACUUGGCCCACAGGCUUGCAGCAACAAGAGUCUAGAGCGUCUACGCAGCCAGCAGGAGAUGCUGAAUUCUCUGCAGCCACAGGUGGUGUAUCUGCGGGAUCUAGCCAAGGGGCUAGUGCAGGACAUGCCACAGGCAGCAGUGGAGAGUAGAGAGGGACGACAGCAUCUGGUGCAACAGGUCCAUGACGCAGAGAGAGAAUUUGAGGAAGUCACUGAUAAGAUUGAACAGUGCUGCUCGUCCCUGGAGUCACGCCUGCAGGGUGUGGGGGAGGUCCAGUCCCAUGUCCGUGAUGUCUUUUCUCGACUGGCAGACUUGGAUGACGAGCUUGACAGCCUGAGCCCUGUUGGGCGGGAUGCGGACUCACUAGCCUCGCAGGCUGAGGCGGUGAAGGGCUUCCUAGGUCGGCUGGCCACCUUGCGUGCUGAGCUGGAGGGCCACGGGGGUGAGUGCACCACCAUGCUGCGCAGAGAGGGCAGCUCUCCAGAUCUGUUGGCCCUCAGAAGAGAGACAGAGGCGUUGAGCCGUCAAGCAGCAAAGCUUGCCGAACGGGGCCAGGGCCGAUUGUCUCUCAUAGAAGCAGCUGAGGAGCGGGUGAGGGAGUUCUACGCCCGCCUUGCGGAACUGCAGGGGUUGUUGGACCAGGCAGAGGAAGGAGUAAACGCACAGGGAGUUGUGGGAACAGAAGUUGAUGUCAUCAAACAACAGCUUCUUGAAUUCAAGGCUGUGGAGCGGGAGCAGAUAGACUCCAUCCAACCCAAGCUACAGCAUGUAAAUGCUGUGGGUCAGGGGCUGAUCCAGAGUGCAGCCAAACACACAGACACACAGGCCCUGGAGCAUGACCUGGAGACCACUAACCUGCGCUGGAACUCCCUGAACAAGAGGGUUGCUGAAAGAAUCGCUCAGUUGCAGGAAGCCUUAUUGCAUUGUGGGAAAUUCCAAGAUGCUCUGGAGCCACUGCUGAGCUGGCUGAGUGACACAGAAGAGCUGAUAGCCAAUCAGAAACCACCCUCUGCUGAGUACCGUGUGGUUAAAGCACAAAUUCAAGAACAGAAGUUGUUGCAGCGGUUGCUGGAUGACCGACGGGGGACUGUAGAGAUGAUCAUGGUGGAGGGAGAGCGCAUCGCUGCCACAGCAGAGUCACAAGACAGGGAUAAAAUCCAGAAGCAGCUGCAGAGCCUAGGAGUGAGGUGGAAAGACAUAUUAGAGAAGGCCAGUGGCAGACAACAGCAGCUAGAGGAGCUGCAGGUCCUGGCUCUGCAGUUCCAUGAGACAGUGGAGCCUCUGGGAGAGUGGCUGAGUGCCACAGAGAGACGCCUGAGCUCUGCUGAGCCUAUGGGAACCCAGACCUCCAAAAUCACCCAGCAGAUUAGCCGCCACAAGGCUCUCCAAGAGGAGGUUCUUUCUCGGGGAACAGAGGUGGAUGGUCUGGAAGCUCUUGGCCAAUCACUAUCCCCCCUUAGCUGUGUGGCAGAUCGUGAUUGGCUGAGUGAGCGUGUAGGGGCGAUGCGCAAUGGGCAUACUGAGCUGCGUGAUUGGUGCAGUCGCCGGGAGGCCAUGCUGGAGCAGGCCCUGGCCAACGCACAGCUGUUUGGGGAGGAGGAAGUGGAGGUGCUGAAUUGGCUGGCUGAGGUGGCCCAGCGACUGGCUGAAGUCUCAGUGCAGAGCUACCAGCCUGAGCUGCUGGCUGAACAGCACAAACACACUCUGUCUCUGAAUGAGGAGAUUGUAAGCAGGAAAAAGACAGUGGACCAGGCCAUUAAAAAUGGACAGGCUUUACUGAAACAGACAACAGGUGAGGAGGUGCUGCUCAUCCAGGAGAAGCUAGAUGGCAUAAAGAGCCGUUAUGCAGAGAUGACAGCAGGCAGCAGCAAGGCCCUUCGCACCCUGGAGCAGGCGUUGCAGCUUGCUACUAGAUUUGCCAGUGCCCAUGAGGACCUCAACCAGUGGCUGGAUUCUGUGGAGGCAGAGCUUAACAAUGUGGAGCCAGACACAACACCAGCCUAUCAGGAUAGACAGAAGGAACUAAAGUGUGUAUCUGCUGAGAAGCGUCUAGUUCUGGACACUGUCAAUGAGGUGGGCAGUGCUCUGCUGGACCUGGUGCCGUGGCGUGCCCGUGAGGGCCUGGAUCGCCUAGUUGCUGAUGCUAACCAGCGAUAUCGGCAGGCUGAUGAGACCAUUACACAGAGAGUGCAACUUGUACAGGCAGCCAUCCAGAGGUCUCAGCAGUAUGAAGAGGCAGUGGAUGCGGAACUGGCCUGGGUGGGGGAGACGGAGAGGAAACUGGUGUCUCUGGGGCCUCUCAGUCUGGAGCCUGAUGUGACUGUGGCUCAGCUCCAGGUUCAGAGGGCCUUCAACAUUGAUAUCAUCCGCCACAAGGAUACAGUGGACCAGCUCCUCAACACACGAGAGGAUAUCCUGGAGAGCUGUAGUGAGCUGCAGAGAGAGGCACUCAAGAUAAAAACAGACUCCCUGAAUCUUCGCUAUGAGGCAGUCAGUCAGAACCAUGCUGAGCGCUUUUCAGCUCUGGAGCAGGCUCAGGUGCUGGUGGCUCGUUUCUGGGAGACCUACGAGGAGCUGGAGCCCUGGCUGGGCGAGACUGAAACCCUCAUCUCCCAGCUGCCCCCUCCAGCCAUUGACACAGAAGCCCUCAGACAGCAGCAGGAUCAGAUGAGGCUUCUGAGAGAGUCUAUUGCUGAGCACAAGCCUCAUAUCGACAAGCUGCUAAAGAUUGGCCCACAGCUAGCAGAGCUGAGUGCCCAGGAGGGUACAACGGUGAGGCAGCGAUACAGUGGGGCCGAGCGACGCUACCUGGCCAUAAAAGAGGAGGUCAAAAAUCGAGCUACAGCACUGGACGAGGCAUUCUCACAAUCAGCACAGCUGGUGGAGUUCCAUGAUAAGAUGGACCCCCUGCUGGAAACACUUGAGGGUGCAGUGCAACGCUUGAGGCAGCCCCCUCCUGUGGCAGCAGAGGUGGAAAAGAUCCGUGAACAACUGGCUGAGCACCGGGCAGCUGGGCUGGAACUAGACAAGCUGUUGCCCUCCUUCAGUGCCCUCUGUUCCCGCGGAGAAGAGCUUAUCACCCGUGCACCACAUGAUGACCCUGCUGCCCAGGCAGUGCGGUCCCGACUCCUAAGGCUCCGCUCUCUGUGGGAUGAAAUCAGGCAGAGGGCUGAGGAGAGAGAGGGAAAGCUGCAAGAUGUCCUAGACUUAGCUGGAAAGUUCUGGUCUGAUAUGGCAGCCCUGCUGAGUACACUAAGAGACUCCCAAGAAAUUGUGAAAGAGCUGGAGGACCCUGGAGUGGACCCUUCACUCAUCAAACAGCAGAUAGAGGCAGCAGAGGCCAUUAAAGCAGAGACAGACGGCCUGAGAGAGGAGCUCGAGAUUGUACGUACGCUGGGAGCAGACUUAAUCUUUGCUUGUGGUGAGACAGAGAAACCUGAGGUGAAAAAGACCAUUGAUGAGAUGAAUGCUGCCUGGGAAGGCCUAAACCGAACGUGGAGAGAGAGGAUGGAGAAGCUAGAUGAGGCUAUGACAGCCUCUGUGCAGUACCAGGAUGCUCUGCAGGGCAUGUUUGACUACCUGGACAACGCGGUCAUCAAACUCUGUGACAUGCCAGCCGUAGGGACUGACCUUAGUACGGUCAAACAGCAGAUUGAGGAGCUCAAGCAAUACAAGGUGGAAGUGUACCAACAACAGAUUGACAUGGAGAAGCUUUGUCACCAGGGGGAGCUGCUGCUCAAGAAGGUCACUGACCAAACUGACAGAGACAUGAUCCAAGAGCCUCUCACUGAGCUCAGACACCUGUGGGAUAACCUGGGAGACAAGAUCACUCUCAGACAGCACAAAUUGGAGGGAGCUCUGCUAGCCUUGGGUCAGUUCCAGCAUGCCCUUUCUGAGCUGCAGUCCUGGCUUAGCCACACCCACGCCACCCUGGACACCCAGCGACCCAUCAGUUCUGAUCCUAAAGCCAUUGAGAUUGAGCUGGCCAAACACCAUGUGCUGCGCAAUGAUGUGCUCUCCCAUCGAGCCACAGUAGAGACAGUGAACAGUGCAGGCUCAGAGCUGCUGGACUCCAGCCCUGGAGAUGAAGCCAGCCACCUGAGAGACCAGCUGGAUGAACUGAACCGCAGCUGGGACAGCGUGCUGCUGAAGACUGAGGAGAGGCAGAAACUACUGGAGGCUGCUCUGCAGCAGGCGGAGGGUUUCCAUGGCGAACUAGAGGAGUUCCUGCAGUGGCUGAGGCGCACAGAGAGUCAGCUGUCUGCUGCCAAACCCACAGGUGGCCUGCCUGAGACAGCCAGGGAGCAGCUGCAGCAGCACAUGGAGCUGCAGGUCCAGUUAACCCAACGAGGUGAGCAGUACCACCGCCUUCUAGAUCAGGGGGAGUCGAUGCUGCUAGCCAGAGGUGGAGAGGAGGCUGGCCCGGGAACCACCCAGACCCAGCAGAAUCUGGCCCUGCUCCAAAACAAGUGGGCCAGUCUGAACACUAAGAUGGAUGACAGGAGGGCAAAGCUGGAGGAGGCUGUCUCGCUGGCCACAGGGUUCCAGUCAUCUCUACAAGACACCAUUAACUGGCUGACACAGGCUGAGCAGACCCUUAACAUGGCCCAGCCACCCAGCCUCAUCCUCGACACUGUCCUGUUCCAGAUAGAUGAGCACAAGGUUUUUGUGAAUGAGGUGAAUACUCACAGGGAACAGGUGUUGGCUCUAGAGAAGGUGGGCUCCCAACUGCGCUUUGCCAGUCUUAAACAGGACGUGGUGCUUAUCAAGAACCUGCUGCUGAGUGUGCAGGCUCGCUGGGACAAGCUGGUGCAGAGGUCUCUAGACAGGGGGCGACACCUUGACGAGGCACGGAAGAGAGCCAAACAGUUUCACGAAGCUUGGAGGAAGCUGACUGACUGGUUGGAGGAGGCCGAGAGUAGGCUAGACUCUGAGCUGGAGAUUUCCAAUGAGCCUGACAAAAUCAAAGUGCAGCUAGCUAAACAUAAGGAGUUUCAGAAGGCUCUUGGCUCCAAGCAGCCAGUGUAUGACACUACAGUGCGCUCUGGGAAGGCUAUGAGAGACAAGGCCACACUCCCAGCUGACACUCAAAAACUGGACAACCUCUUGGGUGAGGUCCGUGACAAGUGGGACACUGUGUGUGGGAAGAGUGUAGAGAGGCAACACAAGCUAGAGGAAGCUUUGCUGUUCUCAGGUCAGUUUGCUGAGGCCCUGCAGGCUCUGGUGGACUGGCUGUAUCGUGUGGAGCCCCAGCUGGCUGAGGAUCAACCAGUCCAUGGAGACCUGGACCUAGUCUCAAACCUCAUGGACUCACAUAAGGCGUUCCAGAAGGAGCUUGGAAAGAGGACCAGCAGUGUGCAGGCUCUGAAGCGUUCUGCCCGGGAGCUCAUGGAGACAGGCCGGGAUGACACGGCCUGGGUAAAAGUUCAAGUACAAGAGCUCAGCAACCGGUGGGACACAGUGUGUGCACUGUCUGUGACUAAACAAACUCGCCUCCAGCAGGCUCUCAAACAGGCUGAGGAGUUCCGCACAGCAGUUCAAAUGCUAUUGGAAUGGCUCUCGGAGGCAGAGCAAACCCUGCGUUUCCGGGGUGUCCUGCCAGAAGAAGCUGAGACUCUCCAGGAGUUACUGCACACUCACCGAGACUUUAUGCAGACGGUGGAGGAAAAGAGAGUGGAUGUGAACAAAGCAGCUGGCAUGGGGGAGGCCAUACUUGCGGUGUGCCACCCUGACUGCAUCACCACCAUCAAACACUGGAUCACCAUUAUCAGGGCACGCUUUGAAGAGGUUCUAACAUGGACAAAACAGCACGAGCAGCGGCUGGAAGGAGCUCUCACCGAACUACUCAACAAUGCAGCACUGUUGGAGGAGCUGUUGUCCUGGCUACAGUGGGCAGAGACUACGUUAGUGCAACGUGACACAGAGCCCCUCCCCCAAGACAUCCCUCAACUGAAAACACUAAUCACAGAGCACCAGGUGUUCAUGGAGGAGAUGACUCGUAAGCAGCCUGAUGUGGAUAAAGUAACAAAGACAUACAAGAGGAAACCAGCAGAACCUGCCAGCGGCCUGGCCGAAAGACGGGGUGCACGUAAGCAACAGCAACAGCAGCAGCAACAGCAGCAUGCUGUUCAGGUAACUGGAGGAAACCCUCGCCUCACCCAGCUGUGCUCCCGCUGGCAGCAAGUGUGGCUGCUGGCCCUAGACCGGCAACGCAAGCUCCAUGAUGCCCUCGACAGGCUGGAAGAGCUGAAAGAGUUUGCCAACUUUGACUUUGAUGUGUGGCGAAAGAAGUACAUGCGCUGGAUGAACCAUAAGAAGUCUCGUGUAAUGGACUUCUUUAGACGCAUCGACAAGGACCAGGAUGGCAAAAUCACUCGACAGGAAUUUAUUGAUGGCAUCUUGGCCUCAAAAUUCCCCACCAGCAAACUAGAGAUGAGUGCAGUGGCUGACAUCUUUGACCGUGACGGAGAUGGUUACAUAGAUUAUUACGAGUUUGUGGCAGCUCUGCACCCCAACAAGGAUGCUUACAGACCAACUACAGAUGCAGAUAAGAUUGAAGAUGAGGUCACCAGACAAGUAGCCCAGUGUAAGUGUGCCAAAAGGUUCCAGGUGGAGCAGAUUGGAGAGAAUAAGUACAGGUUCUUCCUUGGGAACCAGUUCGGGGACUCGCAACAGCUGCGCCUGGUGCGGAUCCUGCGCAGCACAGUCAUGGUGCGUGUUGGAGGGGGCUGGAUGGCCCUGGAUGAGUUCCUCGUCAAGAAUGACCCUUGCAGAGUGCAACAUCCAGGACUUAAAAUCCUUCGCUCCGACUCCAGCAGCUCCAUAUCAUCUCGUAUAGUGACGGUCACUCCUGGCUAUUUCUGCUGCAGAGCCCGGGGACGUACCAACCUGGAGCUGCGGGAGAAGUUCAUUCUUCCAGAAGGAGCCUCGCAAGGGCUGGCGGCAUUCCGUUCACGCGGCAGGCGCUCCAAGCCUUCCUCCCGAACAGCCUCGCCUACCCGUUCCUCUUCCUCAGCUUCCCAGAGUGCCCAGAGCUGCACCUCACUGCCCUCCGCCCCUGCCACGCCCACUGCCUCCUCCAGGUCCUCCCAAUCUCACUCGCGGGGCUAUGCCAAGCCCUGGCUGGCACACAGUAAAACUCCAACACCAACCAAGUGCCAGUCCGGCCCAGAGCACAGCCACACCCCUGGGCACGAGGGAGGCUCCACUUCCAAGCUUAAAAGGCCGACUUUCCAUUCCAGCCGUGGCUCUCUGACAGGAGAGAACGGUGGUGCCACACCUGCUGCUAAACCUGGACGUUCUGACAAUAAGCGAACUCCCACGUCGGCUAGCGGGCCCACCAGUCGAGCAGGCAGCCGCGCCGGAAGCCGGGCCAGCAGCCGGAGGGGCAGUGACGCCUCAGAUGCCUCAGAACUGAUGGAGACACGUUCAGCCUGCUCUGACACCUCAGACACACCACGCCGACCUGGGGCCAAAGCCUCCAAAAUCCCCACGAUGAAGAAGACCCCAAGCCCCAAGACACCAGCGGGCAAGAAGUAGAGGUUCUAGCUUAAUUCCAUCAAACUCUCUGAGGUGGUGGAGACGGGGCAGGGAAACUAGUUGCUGCACCUCUUCUCUCUUCCACAUGCACAUAUAUGGACUCUCUACGCAUGCCAGCCAGCCAGUGUGCCCACAUCCAGCACAGGCACAUGGUUACUGACCAGACCAGAGGAGACCUGGAGCUUCAGUAACCGAGUCCAGUCUGUCUAAGCUCAAGCUCUCUCCUCUGAGCAGCUCGCAAUACAGCUGGACACUGCUGACCCUAGAACCAUCACCCACUCCUCUCACUUAACAACCAUAAUGAUGCUGCCUUAUUUGUGUUACACAUUUCUGUCCUUAAUUUUGACUGACUUCUUGGGUUUUUCAAACGUGUGACUGAGAUGUACACCAGCUGUGUGAACUCUUUACAUGUACACACAACUUCAACUUCCCAUUGGGUCACAUGAAGUUGCACCAACUCACUGGAACUGGGGGUGGGGAUUCAGAAUCUCAGAUCUUAGAAUGCAAUAUGCAAUGGCUUACUUACUCCAUAGCACUGAGACUGGACGAUGGUACAGCCUCAGAUCCAGUACAGAUUCUUAUAGGCACACACAUUACACUAGGAUUUAUUUGAAUAAGCCAGUGGAAAAAACUUCUCCCCUCUCUGCUAUAUGCAAAAUUCCUGGCCUUUUGUCCAGGUGUGAGUGUUUUACUCUUGAGGAGAAAAUAAAGCCCAAGCGUCUACUCUAGAACCUCACAACCUCUUCUACACCUAAAGCAUGUUGGAAUUUUGUGUGUGCGUGUCUGUGUGUGUAUGUGUGUGUGGUAGUUUCUUUCAUGGUGAACUAACUUAAUAACAAAUAGAGUAAGUGGUGGAAGACUCAUUGCUCUGGCCUUGCCAUUAAGUCAGACGCUUGGCCAUUUUGACCACACCGCCUUUGAGGCCACAGAUUCCCUGUUGUCACAACAAACUGACAUCAUUUAAUGUCCAGGUGUUUGUUUCUACAAAGUCAUUUGACAAACAUGGGAAAUCCUGAAUCCUGAGAGCACUUAAGUGACUCAUAUAGCAGAUAAGUUCACAAGUGUGCACUGACUGACAUUCUCCUUCAAUGUAAUUCCACCCCUCCCUCCUUGCUGCCCUUAAGCUCAUGCAGUCAUAAAUGUGUUUUAACCAUGCUCAGUACGUUACAAAUAUGUUACACAGAUCUUUCAGUUGCUUCACACAAUGCAAAAACUAAAAAAAUUGUGAAUGUUUCAUGGUUAAUUUAUAAUCCUAAUGUAUUUUUGGUUUUGUUUUGUUUCUUUUCUAGUGAAAAAAAUGUGUAUUUAUUUUUCAUUACAGUAUCAUAUCACCUUCUGGGAAAAACUAGUAUUAGAAUAAGUCCGAUAACAAUGAUUUUCUUUGUGCUUUUUGUGUUUCCGCUUCUGUUCUAACAAUUUUUCCUGACAACGAUCAUUUCUGAUGUAACGGACCAGGAAGCUGACUGAUUCCAAUGGUGGCCUUUUUGCCAGUGACUACAUCCUCUAGAUCAUGUCAAAAAUGGCUUCCCAUUUUGUCUAAUGUUGGAAGCUCUUAGAAAAAUGAAUUACGGGGAUAUAUAAACAUACCCCCCAUAAAAUGGCGCUUUGAAAAGUCUUGUCUUUGACAAGUUGAAGUAUGUGAAUACCUAAUGAAAGUGAAAUUGGAAGGUGAUUUUUAUUUAUUUAUUGUGUCUGGGGGAGGGAGGGGGGUAAGGGCUAUAAAAUGGAUUCACCUUUUGAGUCUGUGCAACUCUCAGUAUGAUGAAGAGGAAAAAGUCUGGGGUGCAAUUGUGUAAAAGUUAAGAAUAUAAAUCCUUUUUUGUUCUCUUUUGUAUUAAAAGAAUGCUUGCAGUAA